AUGGGAUUUAAUACUUCAACAGAAACCUCAUCACCUUUACCAAACAACAACAGCGCCAGUGUCAUAAGUAGACAUCUUCCAAUUCUGAAAGAUGAUCUGAAAAACUCAGAUGAACAGAAGGACGUUAAUGCAGAAAGAAUACAAACUGUUUCAGUUACUAACAUGGAAGAAAAUCAUUAUAAUCUGGACAUUAACUUACAGGAAAAACAAAAUAAUUCAGAUGUUAACAUAGAAAAAGAACAAACUAUCUUAGAUAAUAUGGAAGAAAAGCAAUAUAACUUGGACGUUAACAUGCAGAAAAUACAAAAGAAUUCGUAUGUUUACAUAGAGAAAGACCAAAAUAUUCUAGAUAAUAACAUGGAGACAGAACAAAAUAAUUAUUUUGAUAAUGUCUUGAAAGAUAGCGAUGAUUCUAUUAAAGAUCGAGAUUUCGUUGUAUCCAGGUCUAGUGAGGAUUUCUGA